AUGCCUCCCAAGAAGCAGCCCGAGAAAUCCGGGUCCACAGGAUCCAAACCGGCAGAGAAGAAACCUGCAACUGCCAAAACCCCAGCAGCUGCUCCUAAAGCUGCUACAACCUCAAGUAGUGCACCUAAAACCACAACUGCAAAGACACCUGCUCCAGCACCUAAGGCUGCAGCACCAAAAUCUGCUCCAGCAGCAGCUAAGCCAGCUCCAGCUAAGGCUGCUACAGCACCGGCAAAGCCAGCUGAGAAAAAAUCUACUCCAACUCCUACGGCUAAGCCUGGCUCUGCUAAAGCUGCUGCACUCAAAGCCAAGUCUAGUGCGAAACCUUCUGUAAAGAAAGCUGCAGCAGCUGCUGCUAAGCCUACUAAGCCCAAACCGCCGGCUGCUAAGUUAAAGAUUGCACCUAAACCUAAGAAGACUGGCAUUAAGGGACAGAAAAAACAAGUUGUAAAGCCAGUAGCCAAGGCACUUAAAGCUCAACGAAAAGUUGUUAAGGGAGAACAUGGAAAACGUGUACGCAAAAUUCGCACGUCAGUGCAUUUCCGUAGGCCCAAGACCUUUGAACCCCCAAGACAUCCUAAAUACCCUAGGAAAUCAUUACCAAAAAGGAACCGCAUGGAUGCCUACAACAUCAUAAAGUAUCCAUUAACAUCUGAAGCAGCAAUGAAGAAGAUAGAAGACAAUAAUACUUUGGUAUUUAUUGUUCACACCAGUUCAAACAAACACCACAUAAAGGCUGCAGUCAAGAAACUGUAUGACAUCAAUGUUGCUAAAGUUAAUACCCUGAUCAGACCCGAUGGCAAGAAGAAGGCGUAUGUGCGACUGGCCAGGGAUUACGACGCAUUAGAUGUGGCCAAUAAGAUUGGAAUCAUAUAA